AAAGGUUGGUGGAUGAAAAUUGAAAACUCAAAAGAGAGAGAGAGACGCUUCGUGUAUUUGUGCAGAUCAAAACUCGAAUCGGGGAAUUUGGGUUUCUCCUGUAAUCUAGGGUUCAUAACUUCCCCUUUUCUCUAUCGCUUUUGGAUCUACUAGGUAUUGAGUGGAUCAUGAAGAUUCCGGAUUCGACCUACAUGAUGGAAAAUGGAUCUAUUGAAUUGCCGUGCACCCCUGAAGAAGAGGCAAGGAUCAUUCAAGAGCUUAUCAGCAAAGCUGAGUCCAAUUUGAAACAAGGCAAUCUCUAUUAUGUUAUUUCUAACAGGUGGUUCAUGGAUUGGCAGAGGUACAUUAGGAAGCUUCUUGGUGCUUAUCCAUUUAACGAGCUUGCUACCGAAUCUCUGCCUUCUCUUUUGCCAAAUUCAGCUAAUAGACCUGGACCAGUUGAUAAUAGCGAUAUAAUAAUUAGAGAAGCUGACAGUGGAGAUGAUGAUCCACAGCUUCUCAGAACUUUGGAAGAAGGGCGUGAUUAUGUGUUGGUCCCACAAGAAGUAUGGGAGAAGCUCUCUGAGUGGUAUAAAGGAGGACCAGCAUUACCUCGGAAAAUGAUAUCUGUGGGAGAUGCCAAGCAACUUAGUGUGGAGGUGUUCCCGUUAUGUCUCAAUUUAUUUGAUACUAGAGAUAAAAGCCACAAAGCCUUAUGGUUAAGUAAAAAGGCAUCUUUACAUGAACUCUAUACCAUAGUGUGUAAACUCAAAGAAAUUGCGCCAGAGAAGGCACACAUCUGGGAUUAUUUUGAUAAAAAGAAGCAUACAAAGUUAGUUGCUUCAAACCAAACACUGGAGGACUCCAACUUGCAGAUGGAUCAAGAUAUUCUCCUGGAGGUGCAACCUGAAGGGUCACUGCCUUCUGGUUUUGGCUUCGAUUCAACCGGAAACGACUUGGCAUUGGUUCCAGUUGAACCUCUGAGAUCAUCUGUCACAAUUGCUGGUGGUCCAACAUUGUCCAAUGGUUUCUCUACUGGAUAUAGUUCCAAUGCAUAUCAAGGGAGUUCUUUGAACUCCAGUUAUGGUGACAUGGAGGAUGGAUAUGAUAGUCUGAGGCCUGCAAGUAAAGGCGAAAGGGGAGGGUUGGCAGGAUUAUCCAAUCUGGGCAACACAUGCUUCAUGAAUAGUGCCCUUCAGUGUCUGGUUCAUACACCUCCGCUUGUCGAAUACUUCUUGCAAGAUUACACUGACGAGAUUAACAGACAGAAUCCUUUGGGGAUGCAUGGUGAGCUUGCACUUGCAUUUGGUGAACUGUUGAGGAAACUGUGGUCCUCUGGCCGAACACCUGUGGCACCUCGUGCAUUCAAGGGAAAACUUGGUCGAUUUGCUCCCCAGUUUAGUGGAUAUAACCAGCAUGACUCUCAGGAACUACUCGCCUUCCUCUUGGAUGGAUUACAUGAAGAUUUAAAUCGCGUCAAGCAAAAGCCGUAUUUUGAGACAAAGGACUCAGACGGUCGUCCAGAUGAAGAAGUUGCUAACGAGCUUUGGAGAUACCACAGAGUCAGAAAUGACUCCGUUAUAGUUGAUAUUUGCCAGGGCCAAUAUAAGUCUACGCUGGUUUGCCCUGACUGCAACAAAAUCUCAAUAACAUUUGAUCCCUUCAUGUAUUUGUCUCUACCACUUCCUUCAACAGCCACAAAGACAAUGACAGUAACAGUGUUUUAUAGUGAUGGCAGUGGCCUUCCAAUGCCAUUUACUGUUACCGUCUUGAAACAUGGUUAUAUUAAAGAUCUUGCACAGGCUUUAGAAAUUGCAUGCUGCUUAAGGAUUGAUGAAUACCUGCUACUUGCAGAGGUCUAUGAUCAUCGGGUAUUUCGAUACUUUGAGAACCCUACAGAGAUUUUGAAUUCAGUUAAGGAUGAUGAACAUAUUGUUGCGUACAGGCUCCCGAAAAGGGUGGCACAACUGACAAGACUGGAGAUUAGUCACAGGUACCUGGAAAAGUGUAUCAUAGACAGUUCGAAGGCCAGUGAGAGGAAGUUGUUCUUGACACCGCUUGUUACUUUCUUGGAAGACCCACAUAACGGAGCUGAUAUUGAUUUUGCUGUCCAUAAGGUACUUGCUCCAUUAAGAAGGAAAGCAUUUAUCUCAUCGGCACCUGGUCUUAAGGAUGGUGCCGAAAAUGGUUCUCCCUCGGAAACAAUUGAAGUACCAAUGAACAGCUGUACUAUCCAAUUUGGUCGUGAAGGUCAAUCAACGGAGUGCAUAGAUCCAGUGGGAAAUUCCAGCAUGGAGCUGACAUUUCAUCUUUGUUUAACUGAUGAACGGGGUACUAACUGCAGGCCCGUUACAAAAGAUACAGUGAUAGAACCAGUUAGAAUGCAAAAGGUUAUAUUGGAUUGGACUGAGAAGGAAUAUGAGCUAUAUGAUGCAAGCUACCUCAAAGACCUUCCAGAGGUUCACAAAAGUGGACUUACAGUGAAGAAAACCAAGCAAGAAGCUAUAUCCUUAUUUUCGUGUUUGGAGGCCUUCCUAAAGGAGGAACCUUUAGGACCAGAUGAUAUGUGGUACUGUCCUCGCUGCAAGGAGCAUAGACAAGCCUCCAAGAAGUUAGAUUUAUGGAGAUUACCGGACAUACUUGUUUUCCACUUAAAGCGGUUCUCUUAUAGCCGAUGGCUGAAGAACAAGCUUGAUACGUUUGUGAAUUUUCCCAUACAUAAUCUGGAUUUAAGCAAGUAUGUGAAAAGUACGGAUUUAUCUGAGAGCUCCCAUGUGUAUGAGCUAUAUGCAAUAAGCAACCAUUAUGGUGGACUAGGUGGUGGGCAUUACACAGCUUACUGCAAGUUGAUUGAUGACGACAGAUGGUAUCAUUUUGAUGAUUCCCAUGUUUCACCUGUCGCUGAAUCGGAUAUCAAAACAUCAGCUGCCUAUGUGUUGUUCUAUCGAAGAGUUAAAGCUCAACAAAAUGGAGUUGUGGGAGGGUCCUUUCAGUGCCAUAGAAGCUCUUGAAGAUGCUCGACUGGUUGCUCUUAUCCCCUCUUGAUAAAGUCUGAAUUCUUGGCUGUCCGGCAGGGGCUAGUUCAUGAGUCAGCUAACGUGGUUGGGGCUCAUAUUAUCCUAGGCAAAUUAGAAGUAGGUGCUCUAUCAGUAAGAGGCACCAAGAGGAAAACAGAAAUUGGAUGAGGCUCUGGUGUUUCUUGAAAGACUUUUUUUUUUUUUUAGAGAAAUUUUGUAAGUCUUGGGUAUCCGAGUUAUUCGUAAGAGGCAUUAUACUCUUGUAGAGUAGUGUUCUUAUCAUUUUUUUAGCGAAGAAGUUGUACUCAAGGACCAAACCUUUUUAUCUAAUUACAUAUAGCAGUUUGAUGAA